UUGUAUUAUGAAAAGAACUUGGGCACAAUGGACUAAUUUAGAUAGAAAUUUAUUACUAAAAGACGUAGUUGGUCCAUGGGAAUUUGGUGAAUAUAGAUAUCUGGCACAAUCCAGAGAUCAAUCUGAUUUUGAGGGUGGUGCUGGCAAAUCAAAUCUUGUUCAAAAAUUAUUUCAUUCAGAAAUAUAUAAUAAGAAAAAGAAACAAUGCUCAGGAUCUAAUUGUUCAGAAUCUGAUUUUUGUGAAAUGAUUUGGGAUCUCGAAUAUGGCAAAUGCGAGUAUACUACUAAAGAAUUUAAAAAAAUUGUCCAAGAACUUAACAAAGAUAAACCAGGAGAAGUUAUAAUCAAAAAUAAUCAAGUUUAUUGGCGUAGAUUUUUCUCUGAAUUUAAAAAACAUUAUUUACGAGAUUAUCUGCAUUGCAAAGAAUUAUUUGAUUAUAAACAACAAAUAUGUGCUUCAGAUUCAGAUUUAUUACAAUUAAAAGAUCAACAUUUUGAAAUUGACAAUAAUAUAAAAAAGGAAUUAUCUAAACCUGAUUUUGAUGACAGUGAAUAUACUUCUCAACAAAAAAAAAGAAA